AUGCAGAUAAAUUCGAUCAUCUUAGAGCAACCAUACCUUGAGGACCGCUGGUUAUCUGUGCGCAUUGGGCAAUACCAGCUUCGCUUUGAUACUUUUGACCCUUGCCAGCGCGCCUACGGGCGUGCGACGCAAAGAAUUCUUGCUGCGCUCCCUCAAAUGCGAAAAUCCGGCGGCAAAAUCCUGUUUGGCAGAUAUGUGGCCAUUUCUGUAAAGCGUGCCUGGAGUAUUGAGCUAAAGGCGCCAGGCAGCAGGAAGAUCAUGGUCGGAGACGUUGUAUCGCCCUCAUAUCACGAUAACUGA